AUGAGAUCACGAACUAGUUGUCAGCAGAGAAGAAGAAGCCGACAAGGAGUAGGCGCAUCAUCAUGCUCCUCGUCGGAUCAUCUGUUGUAUCGGCAUCAUCAGGAUAUCAUUCCUACGACAAUCAGGUCGUUUGAAUCUGCAUCAGAACUCAAGAUUCAAAGCAAACGACUCUCUCUUGGUAGCCAUUGUAGCAUUUCCACCUUGGGCGAUGGGCUUUCUCAUGAUCAUGAUGAUGCUCAUGAUCGUGGUCUGGUGCUGCUGCCGGAAUCACCAAUUCCUCCCAUUCAUCGCUGGAAGCAAAUUUUGGGAAAAGAUAACAGCGACCUGGAUCUCCCUCCCAUUGGACCAAAACGCUCUACUGGAAACUUGGAUGACUUUCAAGAGCAUGCCAGCAACAACGAAGCUAUCAGCAUGAAGAAUGGAAACCAGAAUAGAUCGAGACGACUAAGCUUGGACACGCCUCCUUGCAUUGCACUACGGAGGUCUUCCAAUCAUGUUCGUGCUGAUUUGAGCACGAAUGACGACGAUGAUGAUGCGAGUGACUACGGCUUUAGUAGUGACGAGGACGACAGCUCUGCAAUUUCACCUGGGGUUCCGCGUAUCUCCUCGGAUCGACCUCCCGAGUUGGCAAGGCGACUCAUGAGUCCAUUGCCAACGACGGAAGUCAAUGGAGUCAAUUUGAUGGCAUCUGAAAUCCGAUCAUUGGGUCUCGAGGCAGAGCUACUAUCGGAAACGCCACAAGGGAAUAAAGCACUGGCAAGCUAA